AUGCAUGAAUGCACUGCUCAUUUUGACGACCUGGACCUGGAGACAGCUGAUCUCAUUCUCAAGCUGCAGCUUCAAGAUGUCGAAGAACUUCGUACUAAUUCCAAAGACAAGAAUCGGGAUGGCGAGCUCAACGAUGCUCAAGUGGCACUCUCCUUGUUUGAAGAGAAUAUCGAAAGCAUGCGCUCGAUUUUAUUCGAUCGACAGAUGACACAAAGCAUCACAGCUGCUGUGCGAGCAGACGCAGAGGCUAUUGCCGACGUUAUUCGCGAGGAAGAAGUCGCUUGCGAAGACCACGCUCAUGCGCAUCGUCUGAAUGGAAGUUGCGUCACAUCCGAAGUCCACUUGCAGUCCAGUGAUCUCAGCAAGAAGAUUCUUGCAAGACUUGCGGGACGUUACGUGUCCCAAGAUGUCGGCUAUGAGCUGCUCAAAGAUACCGAACCCGACAAAUGGCGUGAACCAGAUGACCAUGGUCAGGCCGAGAGCUCCAUAAGAGGGUCUGCUCGCGAGCACGCACUCCGUGACCCCUCCACUCUCCGAUGCGUGAUCUGCCUAGAGGUCAAGAAGUACUUUGACGUGAUCGAGGUACCCUGUGGCCACGGCUAUUGCAAACCAUGUUUGCAGGACCUUGUCAGUAGGGCCACCAAGGACGAAUCGUUGUUUCCUCCGCGCUGCUGUCAAGAGCCUUUCGAAAUGAACGUGGUCGACAUCUUCCUCACAAAGGAACUCAGAAACCAAUUUGAACACGCCAAAGUCGAAUUCGGUACUCGAGAUCGGACGUAUUGUUCUCUGGAGACAUGCUCUGCCUUCGUCACUUCUAGCAACAUCGAGGGGGAUAUAGUAGCUUGCGGGAAGUGUGGUACAAGGACCUGCACCUUCUGCAAAAAGCGAGCCCACGACGGUCAUUGUCCAGAGGAUCCUGGAAUGCAGGCCACGCUUAGCCUUGCAACUGAGAGUGGAUGGCAGCAAUGCUAUGCGUGUCAUCGGCUGAUCGAGCUCGAUGUAGGCUGCAACCAUAUGACGUGA